AGAGAGAGAGAGAGAGAGAGCGUAGUAGGUGCAGCGAAGCGCGACGCAAUCGCGUCCGAAGCGAGGCUGACGUUUGUGACGCGCAUGCGCGCUCCGCGUCGAGGCAAACGGACCGCUGGGGAGGCCGCGGAGGGGCAGGCAGCGGGGCGAGCGCUUGUGCAUAAUAAGCCCAGGCCUGACGGUCCGCCGCCGCCGCCAUUAUGCUGUGGUUCCCUGGCACCAUCCCGGCCGCCAUUGCCGCCGCCAAACAGCGCAGCGCCGUCUUCGUGGUGUUUGUGAGAGGGGAUGAUGAACAGUCCAUAGAGAUGGCUGCCAGCUGGGAGAAUGAGAAAGUGACUGAGGCAGCAACAGAUGGCUUUGUAGCUAUUAAAAUAGAUACCCAAAGUGAAGCCUGCCUGCAGUUCUCCCAAAUCUAUCCUGUAGUGUGUGUUCCAUCCAGUUUCUUUAUAGGAGACAAUGGAGUCCCUUUGGAAGUGAUUGCUGGCAGCGUUUCUGCAGAGGAACUUGUUACAAGAAUUCAUAAAGUCAAGCAGAUGCACACGUUAAAAAAUGAAGCAAUGGAAAGUUCUGUGCCGUGUUCCUCAUCUUUAAAUGGCAUCACAGAGGACUCUCAGUCCCAAACAGCUGAGCUUGCUGAAGCACAGCCUGAAAGGCUAAGUGUAUCCUCAGCUGGUGAAGUAAAUUUGGACCAGACAAAUGUGGAAAGUGAUGGAAGGGGGGAAUCGCAGACUACAGAUGACCUUACAGCCAAAGUAGAAAGAGUGACAAAAAAACUUGAAGAAAGAAGAGAAGAGAAAAAGAAAGAAGAAGAACAGGUAGAGUGUAACUGAAUUUAUAAUGUUGCAUUUUAUUUUUAUUUUGAAAAACGUAUAA